GUAAAGGGAACCCGGUAAGAGGAAAACCCAAAAGCUGUCAUAUUUCAAAGCCGCCCCUGGCUGAGAUGCCCGGACAUAUUCUUGGUCUUAUAUUGUUGCUAAAGGGGAAAAAACUCAUUCUUUUCUUUGGGACUCUCCUUCUUUUCCUGCUCCAGCGAAAACCAAGAAUUUUGAUUGACUGCAAAUUCAAGAAAGAAGGAAACUAGAGAGAAAAAGAAGAGGAAAACCAGAGAGAGAGAGAGAGAUAUGGAGAUGAUGCUUUAUCAGCUUGGAAGAAACUCAUACGAAGAGUCCUUGAAAGUUCUUGAAGCCGAUAUUCAACAUGCAAAUGCUCUAGCUGCUGCAAUUCCAAGACAGAAAGGCAGAUCUUGCCUUCAAAUGGAACUGGUCUACAAUCAAUUUGCCCCCGUUUUUCUUUUUUUGCUCCGUUGGAUUGAUUGUUCCUGCUCCUUUCUUCUUCUCAAGUACCUCGAUCCUAUCUACAUCCUAAUUUACAAGGUAGAUGCUGAAGGAAGACUAAAGCUAUCCAGGCACGGAAGGAAGGCAACUAUUAGCGAUUUUUACGCUGUUAUACUGCCAACGCUCCGCCGGCUCCAUCUUGACUUGGUGGAACUAAGGACAGACGCGAAGGAUGAAAACCGUGCCCGGGAAAGCAUAGGGAAGAAAAGAUUGAGAGGGGGAUCGAAAUUUGCGGACUUUGAUAGGGAGAGGGAAGCCGAGUGUGGAAUAUGCUUAGAGCCUUGCACCAAAAUGGUCUUGCCUAAUUGCUGCCAUUCCUUGUGCAUGAAUUGCUAUCGCGAUUGGAAUACGAGAUCAGAGUCAUGCCCGUUCUGCCGUGGAAGCUUGAAGAGAGUCCAGUCGAGAGACUUGUGGGUCCUCACGUCCAGCGACGACGUGGUGGACCCCGAUGCCGUUUCCAAGGAGGAUUUGCGGCGUUUCUAUCUCUACAUCAAGAGCCUGCCUAAGGAUUACCCCGACGCUCUUUUCUUGAUGUACUCCGAAUAUUUAAUAUGAAGAAGAAGAAGAAGAGAAGAGAUAAAGUCUGCCAUAUUAUUAUUUCAAACUUGACCAAUUGUUCUUUUUUAUAAAUUACUACCUCGAAU